AUGCCAGCAACCUACAGCACAACAAGACUCAACAACCUCGACUGUCAAAUGAGACAUUACGCGGGAGCCUACAAUCGUGGCACGAUCAGAAUGAUUGCACAACGGCUCAGUGACGAUCUCUAUCAUGAUGGUUCUUCUGCUCGGCUCGAGGUCGCAAUCGAGUACGCCAAUCGUCAAUAUCGCUCGGGCAAGUUCACAAAGGCAGGUGAUGCGAUCAGUCUGUUCAACCCAGAUGAAGCAGGCGGCUGUGACGGCAAACAUAAUGACUGCUUCUACGACUGUCUCAAAGCCGCAUUCCCAGACAAGGUAACCAAGCACUUCAGCAAGCCAUGGAUCUUCAAGCGAUUCUUCAAGUUGGAGCGCGAUGCCAAGGUCCCACUCAAUCUCAGAUCAGAGAUCGAGGACAAGCUCAAGAUGUGCAUCAAUGUCAAAGGUGAUUAUUGCAAGACAUCAACCAAAGAGUACGUCAGAGUGGUCAAUCUCAAACUAACCAACGAACACUACACUCUAGACAAGGAGGGCGCCUUUGAGCCCAAGGGCAUCAUCCUCAAGCGAUACAACGAUGACAGAAUACUGCCAGUCAUGGCGUACAAGUGGGACGACGACAAUGAUCAAGUGCAGCUCUACGAUGGCACAAACUACAGCACGAUGAGCAAGGCAGCACUCAUCGAUGAGCUCAAGAAACAAAAGUUCGACGGCAAGUGUCGAUACAUCAAAGUAGAGGCUGCCAAGAAGAGGAAGAGCAAGAAGCCCAUCAAGACGCUGGAGGAGACAUGGUUGGACUUUAUCAAAGAUGCCGACGCACUCAAAGAAGGUACUGACGGCAUCAUCGACUUGUACUUUACAGGAUCAAACAUUAACAAGGCCGCCCUCAACCUAUUUAGCAAGUACAACAAACAUGUCAUUCCAGAUAUCAUCGAACAAGAGGAAGCCAAGUGGAUAGCCAAGGCAUCGAAUGGACCAUUGAGGUUCGCCGACACAUACACUGGCCCUCUCUACAAGUAUGACGUCUCUGGCAUGUACGCCGCCAUCAUGAGAAGCAGCACCUUCUCAGUGCCCAUCAAGAAAGGCGAGUUCCAUCAACUGACCGACGAGGAGCUCAGCGCCAAGUCAGGCAUCCCCUUUGGUAUCUACAGGGCGAUCAUCAAAGGUGAGCACAGAGCAUUCAGACCCAACGACAACAACUAUUAUACUCACUACGACCUCACCUUUGCGCAGGAGCUAGGACUCACAUUCAACCUGAUCAACGACAACAAGCACAAUGCCUUGCUCUAUCCUACUGGCAGAGUCAAUGGCAACAUGCUCUUCGGCAAGUUCAUCGAUCAGGUGCUGGACUGGAAGAAAGCAGAUGUGCCACGUGCCAAGGAGCUCUAUCAACGUCUCUGGGGCGCUCUCUCCAAGUACAACAAGUCAAAAGAGUAUGUUAACAUCAAGGCAGAGAAGAAUGUUGUCGUCGACAAGGAGCUCGGCAUCACUGACAUUUACUUCAAAGCCAGUCUUCCAGAGAAUCACUCGAUCGACGCGAUGAACAUCACGCACAACGGCAACGUCAUGGUCAAGUCAAUCAACAACCUCGACAUGUUUGACACGCCAUUCGCUCGCAUCAUGCCAUUCAUCAUCGCUCGUGGACGCAAGAUGAUUGGAACGAUAAUAAAGGACGACAUUGACAGCAUCAAGCGAGUGCACACUGACGGAUUCGUCUCGACCAAGCCCUGGACUGAGAAGACAGGCAAAAAGUCAUUGGACUACCCCAAGUUGGGCAAGGAGUGUGGAGACCUGCGCUACGAGGGCUACUGCCCCGACGCCAUUGUCAAGAAUAUGGCCAAGGUCGAGGGAACAUUCAUUGUUUAA